CCCCGCGCCCCGGCCCCGGCUCCCCGGGCCAUGCGGCCUCGGCCCCGCCGGCGCCCGCCGCGCACCCGAGAUGAGGCUCCGCAAUGGCACCUUCCUGACGCUGCUGCUCUUCUGCCUGUGCGCCUUCCUCUCGCUCUCCUGGUACGCGGCGCUCAGCGGCCAGAAAGGCGAUGUGGUGGACGUGUACCAGCGGGAGUUCCUGGCGCUGCGUGACCGGCUGCAUGCGGCUGAGCAGGAGAGCCUCAAGCGCUCCAAGGAGCUCAACCUGGUGCUGGACGAGAUCAAGAGGGCCGUGUCGGAGAGGCAGGCGCUGCGAGAGGGGGAGGGCAAUCGCACCUGGGGCCGCCUAACUGAGGAUCCGCGACUGAAGCCGUGGAACGUCUCCCACAAGCACGUGCUGCACCUGCCCACCGUCUUCCACCACCUGCCGCACCUGCUGGCCAAGGAAAGCAGCCUGCAGCCUGCAGUGCGCGUGGGCCAGGGCCGCACUGGAGUGUCGGUGGUGAUGGGCAUCCCCAGCGUGCGGCGCGAGGUGCAUUCGUACCUGACGGACACGCUGCACUCGCUCAUCUCGGAGCUGAGCCCGCAGGAGAAGGAGGAUUCGGUCAUCGUGGUGCUGAUCGCCGAGACUGACCCACAGUACACCUCGGUGGUGACAGAGAACAUCAAAGCCUUGUUCCCCACAGAGAUCCAUUCCGGGCUCCUGGAAGUCAUCUCCCCUUCCCCCCACUUCUACCCUGACUUCUCCCACCUCCGAGAGUCCUUUGGGGACCCCAAGGAGAGAGUCAGGUACGAGCACUGCCCCCUUCCCCAUGCCCCUGGCCACCUGCCCAGCUGCGUGAGAACCCGGUCUGUCAGUGCCCAAGUCCCAGGCACUUCAUUGCAGUGCGUCCGUUUCUCCAUCGGAGGACCGCUGCAUGGGGUUGGGCAGGGGGUCAGAGCUCCUGAGCCCCUGCCCCUGCCCUGCAGGUGGAGGACCAAACAGAACCUCGAUUACUGCUUCCUCAUGAUGUAUGCGCAGUCCAAAGGCAUCUACUACGUGCAGCUGGAGGAUGACAUUGUCGCCAAGCCCAACUACCUGAGCACCAUGAAGAACUUUGCGCUCCAGCAGCCCUCGGAGGACUGGAUGAUCCUGGAGUUCUCCCAGCUGGGCUUCAUUGGGAAGAUGUUCAAGUCACUGGACCUGAGCCUGAUUGUGGAGUUCAUCCUCAUGUUCUACCGGGACAAGCCCAUUGACUGGCUCCUGGACCACAUUCUGUGGGUGAAGGUCUGCAACCCCGAGAAGGAUGCGAAGCACUGCGACCGGCAGAAGGCCAACCUGCGGAUCCGCUUCAAGCCAUCCCUCUUCCAGCACGUGGGCACGCACUCCUCACUGGCGGGCAAGAUCCAGAAACUGAAGGACAAGGACUUUGGGAAGCAGGCACUGAGGAAGGAGCAUGUGAACCCACCGGCUGAGGUGAGCACAAGCCUCAAGACAUACCAGCACUUCACUCUAGAGAAGGCCUACUUGCGUGAGGAUUUCUUCUGGGCCUUCACGCCUACUGCCGGGGACUUCAUUCGCUUCCGCUUCUUCCAGCCGCUGCGUCUUGAGAGCAGCUCACCAGGCCUGUCUGGCCGCAGGUUCUUCUUCCGCAGCGGGAACAUCGAGCACCCAGAGGACAAGCUCUUCAACACGUCAGUGGAGGUGCUGCCCUUCGAUAACCCCCAGUCAGACAAGGAGGCCCUGCAGGAGGGCCGCUCAGCCACCCUCCGGUACCCUCGGAGCCCUGACGGCUACCUCCAGAUAGGCUCCUUCUACAAGGGUGUGGCAGAGGGCGAGGUGGACCCUGCCUUUGGCCCCCUGGAAGCACUGCGCCUCUCCAUCCAGACAGACUCCCCAGUGUGGGUCAUUCUGAGCGAGAUCUUCCUGAAAAAGGCCGACUAAGCGGCGGGCUUCUGAGGGUGCACUUUGGCUGGCCCUGAAGCCCUCUGGGAGACCUGGGAUGUCGUCGCUGCCGCCCCCGGAGGGCCCGGCGCCGCCGCCCCAAGCCUGAGGGGUUAUGCCCGGCGCCCCGCUCCGCAGGCCUGGGAUCGCCGCUGGCCCGGAGGCCCCAGGAGCUGGUGCUGCCCCCGCCCGCCCGGCCGCGGGAGGAGGCAGGCGGCCCCCACACUGUGCCUGAAGCCGGCCCGUGCAUCCCGGCCGGAACCGUUCGCAUCCCCGGCCGGCUUGAGCCAGGCCGUUUUAGAAGAGCUUUUUCCUGGGCGCCCGCUGUCUCCGGCGCGAACACUGGAAUGCAUAUACUACUUUAUGUGCUGUGUUUUUUAUUCUUGGAUACAUUUGAUUUUUUCACGUAAGUCCACAUAUACUUCUAUAAGAGCGUGACUUGUAAUAAAGGGUUAAUGAAG